AUGGCUGCGCCAGGGGACAAGAUCCAAAACAGCUGCCUCCCCUUUGGUGAGCCCCACCAGAAGCUCCUAGCCACCAUCCUGAUUGUGUUGGGCCUUUUUGCCUUACUGGAAUAUACUGUUCAACUCAUCACCUUGUUCUGGAUUAACUUUGCUCCGCUCCUGAAGAAAAUAUACGAUUCUUUCUUCAAGAAAGGUGGCAGCUUGCUCAAGACCAUGAAGGUCCUCUCCAGCAGCAAGCGAUUGUGGAAGGAUUCGGUGCUGCUCCGGGACUGUAAGAAAGCCUCCAACCUGCGCUUCCGCUGCAUUGUGGAUCCCGUGAAGGUGACUGUGAGAAUGGGCAGCCCGCACGAAUCCAAAGUAUGCUGUUCUCAGGUCGGCAGGAAGAGUAAGGCCUACUACUCCGGCGAAUGGUCGAGCCACCACGACACGGACAACAAGAAGGCCGGCUGGUACAGGAGCCAGAAACGCCGCCGGAGCAGCCAGGGCAGUUCCCACCUCUCGGGCACCGAAACUCCCCAACCGGCCUGUCCCGCCGGAUCCGUCGCCUCGUGGGUGCGUUUCAGCUUCAGCUCUCCCGAGCGUGCAGCUGCUGCAGGAACCAGCUCGGGCCACUAUGGCGUCCACGCCCGUAACCACCAAAGGGCCACCGGGGACAAACAACACAGCUCCGAGGCAGCAGCAGCAGCGGGUCACCAAGGGCAGAGUUUCCUGCAACGUUCCGUCGGCUUGGAUGCAGCAGAACUUACUCCCCGCCGGUCGGAACAGCCACGCGAGGACUACAACCGCCAGUCCAGCGAGGCCAGUUUCAUCCCCAGCCCAAUCUUACCUGGCCCCAGGCGGGUGGUGUACUCCGCCCUCGCUUCAGAUACUGCUUCCAGAACCCAUCUCAAUGGUGAGGAUUACACCUACCCACAUUCCCCACGGGGUCCCCCACACCGCCUAGGCCUCGAGUGGCACCAGCGUUUGCCAGCGGCGCAGCAAGCGGAAGUGUAUGUUUACCUGGUGAGUCCGCUGCCUCCCAGCCCAGAACACAACCCGGAGCAGUCCGACCACCCCUUCUCAGCAUCUCAGGCCAUCUCUGGGAAGGAUGUCCUUGCAAACCGGAUCUCUUUCAGCCAGAGCAGGGGCAGUCCAAGUCAGGGGCCAGCGGUCCCAGGCAGUAGCAACACCCACAAGCAACGAAAGAGCAUCUGGGAGAGAAAGCACCAAAGAAGGACCCUGCAGCCGACUGCAGAGUACGAAAAGCUGGCAGGGAGCAGCGGCGGCACCAACGCGGGCCAUCACGAACCAUUCUCCCACAAUGCAUCUCUCUUGACAGACAGGGGGAGGGGAGGGCUUGCCGCAGUACCACCCACCAUUGCCAGCUGA